AUGUCGUCCGAAAAAGCGCCUUCCACCUCCGAGAUCUUCGAAGAUGCCUCGCGAGACAAGCAUCUGCAGAACAAGCUACGCACCGUCCGUAUUCUGGACAGCGUUCAAACAGCCAUCACUCUCUUGGGCCUCCUGAUGGGCCUUACCGUACUCGGGGUCUCCGCCAACACUCUCUCAGUUUACGAUUCCACCAAGCCUCUACCGGGGUCUUUCCUGUCCCUCUGGCCUCAGGAGUUUAACAUCCGACCAACCGUGGCCCUGGUCGCCGGCAGCGCCAUCAUCACUGUCCUCCACAUGGUUGCCUUGGUCUUUGCCAAGGUACAAUUCCUUCGCACAACCUCAACUGUCCAAGUCUCUCUAUCCUUUGCGCUCCCCUUCUUCUCCCUCGUCGCCGCGCUCAUCGCCGUCAUCUUCUUCUACUCCGUCAACGCCUCUGACUCUGUUGAUACCUUCCUGUCCUGGACCUGCCGGUGGCGUGCGAUUCCCAUGUGGACGCAGCCUAACUGGGGAACUCUGUGCAAGCAGAGCAAGGCGGGCAUCUACCUGUCCAUCUUGCUGAUCCCCGUGGAAGCUGGCGCGCUGGCGUUGAGCGGGUGGUUGCUAAAGGAGAGAAACUACGUGGAGAGAUAUGUCAAUGCUAGGAAGAGUCCUGCUCUUUCUUAGGCGGUGGUGUUUUGGUGGCAGACGGUACUGUAAUAUUACAUAUGUUAAUCUGAUGGUCAAGGUACGGGUUGGCAUUUCUUGGCAAUGAAACGGUUACGGAUCAAGGGUUUAAUGAGCAGGGUGGGUUUUGCUGGAAAAGAGAGGCAUCGGAAACCUGUAAAGUGAUAUGAACAUGCUCAAGAACAAUUAUGACGGCUUGGAAAUCCUCAAGUGUCAACUCU